AUGAGUAACGAAGGAAUUGUACAGAGGGCUCUUAGCAGCCUUGGUAAAGGAAUCGAUUUAACCUUCGAUUUUCGAAUCAAAUAUUGUAAAGGAGAUGAUAGACUCAUUUUGCUUAAUGAAACGGAUACAAGAGAGCUUUCAGUUCCGGGUUUUGGAACAUUCAAAGACGUUUCUGUUGACAUCAAAUGCGAUAAAGGUGAACGCACGCGAUAUCAAUCUGAUAUCCUCGAUUUCAAUCAGAUGUCGGAAUUCUUCAACCAGAAAUGUUCGGUGCCUGGGAAAAUUCCAUCGGGUUUUUUCAAUUCAUUGUUCGGUUUUCAGAGUGGAUCAUGGGCUACAGAUGCAGCAAAUACCAAGCAUUUAGGGCUCGAUGGUUAUUUCAUUGUGCUUUUCAACGUUCAUAUCGAUCGAUUUCCACUCAUUCUCGCCGACCAUGUACGAAAUGCCGUUCCUUCUACUUGGGAUCCAUCGGCUCUUGCCAGAUUUAUUGAAAAAUAUGGUACCCACAUAAUUGUUGGGUUGAGCAUAGGUGGUCAAGAUGUGGUACUAGUAAGGCAAGACAAAUCUUCCAACAUGGAGCCAUCACACUUAAAGAACCACUUGGAUAACCUUGGUGAUCAGUUGUUCAAUGGGGCAUGCACUUUUUCUCCACAUCAAUGCAAAACCAAAGAACAAAAAAACAAGGCGCCGCAGGCUUUCAAUGUUUUUGAUCCACAACCAAAUCAUCUCGGAAAUUUUGCAUCCAUCACAGCAAAAGAUGGUAUCAGUGUUAUAUGUUCAAAGCGGGGAGGAGACUUGUCAACUACUACACAUUGUGAAUGGCUUCUUACAGUUCCAUCAAUGCCCGAUGCAAUUCACUUUAACUUCAUUCCCAUCACUUCUCUAUUAAGAGGAGUUCCAGGCAAAGGGUUCUUAUCACAUGCUAUCAAUCUUUAUCUUCGAUAUAAGCCUCCUAUAGCUGAUUUGAAGUACUUCUUGGAUUUCCAAACUCAUAGGAUUUGGGCUCCUAUUCACAAUGACCUACCACUAGGCCCAACUAGAAACAGGACAAUGCAAGCACCUGCUCUACAUUUCAAGUUGAUGGGUCCCAAACUCUAUGUAAAUACUACUCAGGUCACAGUCGGGAAAAGACCGGUUACUGGAAUGCGAUUGUACCUUGAGGGCAACAAGUCCAAUAGGUUAGCAAUACAUCUCCAGCACUUAUCGAACUCUCCAGUUCUGCUCCGAGAUAAGCUAAGUGAUGCUCUAACUUGGCGUGGAUCGGAAGAAAUAGCUGACGAUCGAUACAUUGAAGCUAUUCACUGGAAAAAGUUUUCACACGUGUGCACAGCCCCCGUGAAAUACGAUCCAAGAUGGGCAACCGGGGAAGAAGAUGUUGCGUUCAUCGUAACUGGUGCUCAACUUUACGUAAAGAGGCAUGGUACAAAGAGUGUUUUGCAUCUGAGGCUGUUAUACUCUAAAGUGUCCGAUUUUUUUGUUGUACAAUCUAACUGGAUGCAGUGGGCAUCAGACCAUAUUUCCAUAAAGUCUGGUUUCUUCUCAUCAAUAAGUACUUCAUUAACUGGCAAUGUAGUGAAGGAGAAGGCACAACCAGUGAACGUGGAUUCUGGGGUGUAUCCAACAGGGCCACCAGUGCCCGUGCAAACGCAGAAGCUCUUGAAAUUUGUGGAUACAUCGCAAAUGUACAGAGGGCCACUGGAUAAUCCCGGACAUUGGCUAGUGACAGGAGCAAAAUUAGACUUGGAAAAGGGAAAAGUAUGCCUGCGCGUAAAAUUCUCGUUAUUGAACAUAUGUUCAAGAUAA